AUGGAAGACGAUCUAUCGGCAACUGUUGAUAUCGUGACGAAAUAUGCUACAUACGAAGAAUUUCUUGACUCACAAGUUAGUCGUAUCGAUCUUAGUUAUCUUGAAGACGAAGAAUUAGCUCGACAACUUGUUGAACUCGGCUAUCGUGGUAGUGGAGAAGUGAUUAAACGCGAAGAAUUUUAUGCACGAAAAGCAGCCGCUGAACAGCAACUUCAGUCAAGACGUAUCCAAGCACCAAAAUUAGCUAGUGCCAAUAAAGACAUAACUGAUCCAUUGUUACGUGAACUCGCCGAUACGGAAGAAGCCAAUCGAACUGGAAAAAUGACGACAAUCAUUUUUAUUCGGGAUAAAAAUUCCCGUCAUCAGGAAAUAUCUGGCUACAUUGAUUAUGCACAUCGACUAAAAUCUGAAGAUUUCGAAGUAUAUUUUGCUGGAAAGAAAAAACUUUUACCCAAGCCGACCGACCUCAGUUAUUACAAUUGGGAAAAUCAAACUUGUUAUUCGAACAACACGCCUAAUUUUCAAUCGAUAACCAGCAAUCUCGAGGGACUUUUAUUUAAGAGUAAACGUGAUCGAAAGAUUAUCAUUGUUGAUCCAAAUGCGAAGACCCAUGGCGAUAAUACCAUACGAAAAGAAAUCAAAACCGAUAGGUACAUUCAAGUCGCUCUUUAUUGCCAUACAACUCGACGAAAAACAUAA